AUGCCCAGAGGUCUGAAUCAUGGAACGUUCCUACACAUUGCACACGAGGAAGGGCUCAUCAAAAACACAUCUAUCCAUGCUGGUAUACGGGCUCCUAUCAUGCGACGUAAGGGCGAUAUACGGAAUGACCUGCGUUGUGGCUUUGAGAUGAUCAAGGCACGCGAUCUGGACAUUCUGGGUGCCGAUGGUGUAAUCUCACGAAUCAAGAAACGGGUAGGAGACUCAAAAGUCUAUAUUAGCGUUGACAUUGAUGUUCUUGAUCCCGCGUAUGCGCCAGCAACCGGCACGGCCGAACCUGGUGGUUGGACAAGUCGAGAGCUCCUGACUGUCCUGGAUGGUCUUCGGGGCUUGGAUGUUGUCGGUGCAGACGUUGUAGAGGUCGCACCCGUAUACGAUAAUCCUGGAGAGACAACGGUGUUGGCCGCUGCUGAGGUUGGCCAUUCGCUCCUUGGUCUGAUGGUCGAGAAUCCGGUCAAGUCGAAAGCAGACGAAGAGUAG